AUGGGCGUCGAACAGUCAAAAUUGCGCCCACCAAGCAAUGAUACCAGCAACCAGCCCUCAACACACGACACGGAAGACAUUACGACCCCAUCUACCGUGACUACUGUGGCCAAGACAGAUGAUACUCCCUUGGAAGAAGCUGAUCAUACCCUGGCACUCCUUGCUUCUUCUGACGCUAAUGCAGCGCAAAAUCGACCAGACCCACCUGAAACUACAUCUACGGAACGGUCUCUAUCUGAACAGAGAGAGCUUGUACAAAAGCUGCGUGCGAGUCAAGGUAAUCAACUAGCCUCAGAUGCAGACAUUCAAGCAGACAUGCUUUUAGCUGGUGUCACUGAUACACGCAACGAAGCGGCAGAAGAUACGGAAGCUUCGACAUCUGAGGAUGACAGCGAUUCUUCAUCUGAUUCAGACUCGUCAGAAGAAGAGACUGCGCCCGUACCUAUCCAAGAAUUGGAUGAGGACGAGGGUGGUGGCGAUCAAUCUGCGCCACGUACAAAACAUGAAGUAGUGGAUGAGAGUGUUCCUCUACCUCCGUUUAAGAAAGUGCCUGCGGAAGAGCUGGACUCACUACAGCCUAUCGGGCGUAUUCAUUCCAUUGUGGACAAUGUCGUUCUGGUUGCGCAAGUUGAUACCUCAAAUUCCGUUCCAUCUGCGCGCUCGUAUGACGUGCUUGAUUCCGAGAGUUUGUUAUGCUUUGAAGAUGGUGAGGUGCUUGGACUCAUUUACGAGACCUUUGGAUCUGUCCAGGCUCCUAUGUACACAGUGCGAUUCCGUGCCGCCGUGGAUAUUGAUCAUGAUAUGGUCCAUAUCGGUAAGACUGUGUACUUUUUGCCGUCUAGCAGCACAUAUGUUCUUACACGACAAAUCCGCACUAAAGGCAGUGAUGCCAGCAAUAUGUGGGACGAAGAAGUGGCUGAGGAUGAGGUGGAGUACAGUGAUGAUGAGGCAGAGGCGGCUGCUAAACGCAAGUCGAAGAAAGCACGAACGUCGUCGCACGCGUCUGAGUCGGCCACAGUGGAUCCUGCUACGGCAUCGCUGGGACCGCUCGGAGGAAAGCGUUCGUCGGGCCCUACAAAUCGCGGUGGUCGCCGCCGCGAUGCACAAGCGUCUUCUAGAUACCCUUUCCCCCCUGGCUGGGGCGAUAGCCAGUCACGCCGGAUGCCAUCUGACGGCGGACUGCCACAGACGAUGCCUCAUAUCAAUCCACGGUUUGCGCCGUCUUGGUUUGGUGCACCGACUAUGCCGUAUGCAAUGCCUCCGUUUCCUAUGCCUGUGCCUGGCUAUUCACCAAACUACCCUACAAUUGGCAUGCCUACAUCCCAUGAACCAUACCAGCCGAAUGUACGCCCUUCUGAGCCUAGUUCGUCAUACCGAAGCGACGAUGCCUACGAUCCAUCACGGCCUCAAUAG